GCAUCACCAUUACAUAAUUUCCUGUCCUCCUCCACCACCGCCGCCUCCUCCUCCUCCUCCUUCUCCUCCAGCCUUGGAAUUACCUCUCAAAUGGGGAGACCUCCCUGUUGUGACAAAUCAAACGUGAAGAAGGGCCUCUGGACUGCAGAGGAAGAUGCCAAGAUCCUUGCAUAUGUCUCCAACCAUGGAAUUGGCAACUGGACUUUGGUCCCAAAGAAAGCAGGACUAAACAGAUGUGGGAAGAGCUGCCGGCUUAGGUGGACUAAUUAUCUGAGGCCUGAUCUCAAGCAUGACAACUUCACUCCUCAAGAGGAAGAAAUCAUCAUUAACCUUCAUGAGCUCAUUGGUAGCAGAUGGUCCUUGAUUGCUAAACACCUGCCUGGAAGAACGGACAAUGAUGUCAAGAACUACUGGAACACCAAGCUGAAGAAGAAACUUACCAAGAUGGGAAUUGACCCUGUAACCCAUAAACCCAUGUCUCAGGUCAUUUCUGAUUAUGGAAACCUCAGCAGCGGCCUUCCAGUGACCGGAAACCCAGUUGAUCCCUUUGGUAAAACCUCGACCAACAACAACACAUUGAGCAUUUCCAGGUCACAACUUCUGUCUCAAUAUCAAACCCCCAACCAAGACUACAGUUCGUAUAAUUUCUUCAAUGAAGUUACUUCUUCUUCAUCAUCAUCCCCAUCGUCCCCCACUUUUUCCCAGCUGAUCUCGCCUCCACCGACCCCCUUCCAACCACCUCCUCAGGCUCAGAUUUCCCCUGCCUCUCCUUCCAGCUGGAGUGAGUUCCUCCUCAUUGAUCCUCCCCCGCCCGCAACAAAUCCCAAGCAGCAGCCUGAGUUUCCCGGGACUCUAUCGGCUACUAGCUCUUCCACUUUGACACAGAAGGAAACAUCCCAGUGCAAGUUCAGUGGCGGAAAGAAUGAAGCUUCAUAUGAUUGUGCCGCUUCUUCUUCAUCCUCUGCAAGUUCAUUUGUGGAUGCCAUCUUGGAUAAGGACAGGGAGAUGAGUUCACAGUUUCCUGAACUCUUUUAUGGUUCCUUUGAUUACUGAGGAUUUACGUGCCAAAAACUUGGUUUUGUUUAGAUCAUAUAUAUAUAUAAUAAUAAUAAUAAAAGAUGAACAAAGAAAUUAAUAAUCUUUCUUAAUUCUCAAUCUCUUCUUUUUGUAUGUUUUUUUAAAAAUUUAUUUAUCCAUGAAGACCAGAUUUUUAUUUUUUUAUUUUUUACAGUAUACAAGAAAAGAAAAAAUAAAUACAAUUUAAUAUU